AGGUGGCAUCCAAACAAAGAACAAGUUCGGAAGGGGUUACAAAACUUACGGUCUCUCCCUCCUUACGUUUUCUUCCGUUACUCCGUUAGUUUCUGCUGCUGGAUUCCCGUCCGUCGCCCGCCAACCAGCAAACGCAGCAACGGCGCCGAGCCGCUUGGAUGUCGCCGUCACCGACCGCCCCUCCUUCCCCUGUCGCACAGUAGAUUCGGCCGAACCAGGGCAGCGGCUAUCUCCCUUCGAUUCAAAAGUAGUUCUUCAAUUUCGAGGGCUACUAGAUCAAUAUAAACUAUAUAAUGCCUCGUAAGAUUGCAAAGCGUCAGCGAUUGUCGAGAUAUAGACCGUUUGGUUUCUCUCCAUUUGCUCAAUAUGUGGCCCAUCUUACCUCAUAUAACAAUGUCAAGCACAAGAUUUCUAAUGGACUGCAGGAAAAAAUAUUGCCCAACCCAUCAGGUAGUGGGGUUCUAAAUCAGACACCAGGAGGAGGCAAGAACAACCUGCAUUCUGAUUCCUCUGAUGAGGAAGAGUUUGAAGGUACUACUGUCCAAGCAGACUUUGAGUUCUUUGAUCCAAAGCCUGAUGACUUUCACGGGGUGAAGCUUCUCCUGCAGACCUAUCUCGACGAUAAACAGUGGGAUUUGAGUGGUUUCGUUGACUUAAUCUUGGGACAACCCAGUGUAGGGACUGUUGUUAAAAUAGCUGACGAUGAAGAUGAGGGAAUUUACUCUGUUAUCAGUGCCCUUAACUUGGGAAGAUAUAAGGAAAGUAAGUGUAUAGCGGAGCUGAAAAAUGUCCUUCUUAAAGCAUGCCAAGACCCUAAUGUGCACGCCAAAUUGAGCUCUCUGCUUGAAGAGCAAUCUAAGGAUGCCGGGCUCUUAGUUUCCCAACGUGUAGCGAAUCUUCCACCCCAACUUUUGCCUCCCCUUUAUGGUGCACUCUUUGAUGAAAUCUCUUGGGCUACAGAAGAUGAGCCAACAGAAGAGCUUCGGAAAUCUUUUUGCUUCAAGUCUUAUCUAGUGGUCACUAAAAUAUACAAGCAUAAGAAUGCAGAUAAAAAAGGGGUGCCAAGAAAAAGCAUAGACGAUGCUAUAAUAUAUGUGAAGCCUGAGGAGGAAAUCUUUCAUGAGCUAAGCUCUUGGUCAUUCACUUUUCCCGUGCACUCUCAGCUAGUCAGAGACAAUGAGCUAAAAGAUUACCGGAUGAGCGGUUUGGUGAUGGCAGUGGAAGCUAGCAGAAUAUCAAAAUUCCAGUCACAGUUACAGUCUCUAAUAGACGAUAAUUCAUGAUUUCCAUCCACAUUUCUCUAUAAGCUUUUAUGCUUUCUCUCCAGUUUGCUUGAUUAACACUAAGCUCCCUCUUCACUUAAGAGCAAACAUAAGUGGUUUGAUUAUCUGUAACUUGUAAGUGGUGAAGAAUUCCACCAAUUUUGAUCUCUGUAUUUGGAUGCUUAGAAAUACAUUUUGCAACAUUGCUAAAUUUGUGAACCUCAAUGUCUUGUUUUAUAUGUUGAAUGCUAUUUUUAUGUCCUAAAUUGACAUGUGAAAUUUCGAAUGAUAUUUGACUUCAUGUGAGCGAAUAUAAAUUUUGAACCAUA